UCAGAGUGUUUUGUCACAGCAAUGAAGAAUCAAACCAUGACAGACACCAUCUCCCCAGAUGGAUGUCCAGCUCCCAGGCCUUAAGGUGGGUAAAGAGGUAGGCAUUAGUGUGUUACAGAUCUGCUCCAGAACCUUCCAUAUCCUCCCCAUGUCCUUGCCAUUGAUCUACCCCUCUGUGUAGAUCAGGCUGUGUUUGUAAGUGCAUCCUUACUAUCUCUAUUAUCACCUCAAUGAGCAUGUGUCCACCAAAGGAAAUUUCCUUCCUAACCUAGUUCUGCUUCCCUUUACAUAUUUCAGAAUACUCCUCCACUACCCUGAGCAACAUCAACUGCAGCCUCUCUGGGAGAUUCUGCUAGUAGGAGAUCCCAACAAGCAUGAGUGCAGUUUCAGGGGUGACCUGUGAUCACAGAGUCCAGUGUAACCCAGGGAGUCACCCAGACUGAGCACAGCCCCAAGACGCCCCUCACCAUGGACACUGCCAAGUAUGUAUUAUGUGACUGGAAAGGCCAGUUGUGGCCUGCAAGGGUGCUGUCCGGAUCCGGGACUUCAGACCAAAGCCAGCGGAGACGGACAUCUUUUCUUGAGAUUCAAAUUCUCCCUGUGGGUGAGAAACUGAGAGUGAAGAGCACAGACGUGAGGCCCCUGACCAAGUCUGAAAUUGAAAACAUCACCUCCUUGGGAGGGACGGAGUCCCGGGGCACUGCCUCAACACAGGAGGCCAAUGCAUACAGAAGAGCCCUCAAGGUGGCACUGGAAGUGCUGGGUGAGGGAACAGGCUUGGUCCGAGGAGGAAAGACACGUGGCAGACCGACCUCCACCGUGGCAUCCCCACAGGCUCUGAAAGAGCCAGCCAGCUCCUGCCCUCACCUCCAAGGGAGGAAUCAGAAAGGUCAAGGGCAUUUCGGGAGGAGUCCUGGGAAGAGAAGACACCCUGAUUCUGUGUCGGUGUGCUCAGAGAACGAAGGUACAAUGCAGAGUCCCAAAUCUCAGGCACACACAGCAGUUUGGCCUCAUCCUCCUCCUGAAAUGCAAGUAAAGAUCCUAAGGGGCACCAGCAUGUGGCCAUGUGACCUGAUACCAACAGCAGCUGCUGGUGAACCACAGAGGAAGAGAAAGAGGAAAGCUUCAAGACUCAAAUCUCUGAGUGCCCCCAUCUACACGGAACGAACCGGGACCAAGCGUAAAAGGCAGGUUCCACCUGGGCCGCAGCGGCAUGUCUCCACCUUGCCCAACCACGAACCAUCAUAUGCCCCCCUGGAGAUCCCGGCCCCUGGAGCUCGUAGGAAGCCCAGCCUCCCAGAGAAGACAGAGGAGCCUGGCCCGGUUGCUCCAAAGUCAGCGUCAGAAGGGGCAGCAGCAGCCUCGAUGCCUCCGAUCCCAAGGCUGAGAAGAUCACGCCGUAUUGCUGGUAGAAAAAGGAGGCUCCAGAUGCUGUGUGAGAAAUGCCGGCUCCCAGCACUCGAACCUCAGGUCUCCUCAAAGGUGGUCAGCACCAGGGACCAGAGGAGAGGAGCCAGAGUUCCACAAGACGGACAAGCCACGAAUGUGACUUCUGCCCAGCAGCCAAACACCAUUGAAAGAGGAGCAUUGGUCUGGUUUCAGUUUCAGGAUCUGCCGUUUUGGCCUGCAGUGGUCAAGAGUGUCAGCAAAAGCAACAAGAUGGCCAGGGUGCUGUUGAUCGAGGCAGACAUGCCCUUAGAGCACAGGGGCAUCCGUGUCCCUCUCCGCAGGCUGAAGCACCUGGAUUGUGAGGAGAAAAAAGCCCUCUUGAGGAGAGCCAGCAAAGCCUACAGCCAGGGUGUCAGCUGGUGCUUCUCAGUGAUUGACCACUACAGACAGGGCAUUGCUCAGGGCUCCUUCCUGAACACUUUCCUGGACUACUACACCAGCCAAACCAGUUACCCAUUAAGGAAGGCCAUCCAAGAGGGCAACCUGCACAUCGACUUCCCAAAGGUGAGUUAUGCAGAACUGGAGGAGUGGGAGGAGGAGAGCUCCCUGGGCGGGAGCAGGCUCUGCAAAAAACUCCUGCCUGACCGCAUGAGGGCCACUCGUGACAGACACAAUCAGAAGCUCGUCGACUUCAUUGUGAAGAGAAAGGGGGCUGACCAGCACCUGCUGGACAUCAUGAAGGGCAGGAAGCAGUCCAGAUGGCUCUCUAACCUUUCGAAAGAAAAGAGGCAAGUGUUGUGCAUUGAGACCUACCUGGAGGACGAUGACCAGCUGCAUCUGGUGGGCAAGCAUCUACAAGAACUCUGCAAGCAUGCAGACGAGAACCUACUCACCCUGACAGGGGGAGACAAAGUGAGGCUCACGAUGGAGGUUCUUCUUCCAGAAGCCAUUAUUUGUUCCAUCGCUGCCCUGGAUGAGCUCAACUACCAGGAGGCAGAAGAAAAAUACCUGCGUGGCCCACCUGUGAGGUACCGUGAGAAAGACCUUUUUGACAAGACUAUCUUAAAGACAGCCAGGAAGAGAUCAGCAGCCGGCAGAGCCUCUGCCAGGGCUCCUCCUCCACCCACUCCUUAG